AUGUUGGGCUUUAUCCGCGCGGGACGGGCCGGACUCUCACGAGCCGCGGGUCAGAACUUGGCCAAUGUCAGACCCGUUGUCUCUAUCCGAACUCAGGCUGCCGCGGUCGAGACCAAGCCUUACUUCUCGAUGGAAGUGGUCGACGGCGUCGCUGUCGUCCGUAUGGACCAGCCCGACAGUUCGAUGAACACUAUCUCCGUGGCGAUGCAGGACGAGUUCGCCGGUGUCCUCGACGAAAUCGAAAACAACCCCAACAUCUCCUCUGCCGUCCUCAUCUCAGCCAAGCCUGGCUGCUUCGUUGCUGGCGCUGACAUUCAGAUGAUCAACAACGUGACCACGGCUGCUGAAGGAGAAGCGCUUUCCAAGGGAGGCCAGGACAUGUUCAAGCGAAUCGAGAACUCGAAGAAAAAGUUCGUCGCUGCUAUCAACGGACCCGCGCUUGGCGGCGGCCUCGAACUCGCCAUGGCAUGCCAUUACCGAGUCGCCACGACAAGCAAGAGUACCAAGCUCGGUCUUCCUGAAGUGAUGUUGGGUGUUCUCCCCGGCGCCGGCGGUACCCAGCGUCUUGUCCAGCUCGUUGGCCCAGCAGAAGCCUUCCCUAUGAUUAUGACUGGCGCUGCCAAGGUCGCCAAGAAGGCGAAAUCGAUGGGUCUCGUCGAUCAGACUGUAGAACCCCUUGGACCCGGAAAAGUCUCCACUGUUGACUAUUUGGAGAAAGUGGCGGUCGACUAUGCCAAGCAACUCGCCGCUGGAACCAUCAAGCGAAAGCAGAAAAAACUCAAAGGACCCAACAAAAUCGCCAAGACUUUGAUCUCAAAUGGCGUCACCCGUGACUGGUUCUUCCAGAAAAACUUGGUUGAUAAUGUCAUGAAGAAAACCAAGGGUGUUUACCCAGCUCCUCUCACAAUUGCAGAGCUUCUGAAAGAAUCGUCAAAGGUUGGUUUUGGAUCUGACGCCGCUUAUGCCGCCGAGGCAAAGAAAUUCGGAGAGCUCUCCGUCGACCCAGUUACUAAAUCUAUGAUCAACAUCUUCAAUGCUAAGAAUCAUUGCACUAAGAACCGAUGGGGAAAACCAGAAAAGUCUGUUGAGGAAAUCGCUGUGCUUGGCGCUGGUCUUAUGGGUGCUGGCAUUGCUCAAGUAUCAAUUGAUAAAGGAUACAAGGUCGUCUUGAAAGACGCUUCUGUUGAUUAUCUCGAUGCAGGAGCUAAGGGAAUUCACGGUGCUCUUAACAAGAAGGUUAAGAAGAAGCGAAUGUCAAAGUGGGAAUCCGAAAUCAUCUAUGAGAACUUGAAGCCAACUUUGAGCUACGGCGACAUGGCUAACUCGGGCCUUAUCAUCGAAGCUGUCCCAGAAGUCCUCGAUCUGAAGCACCGAAUCAUCCGCGAAAUCAUUGAAGUUGCCCCUAAGGAUCACAUCUUUGCUACCAAUACUUCUGGCCUUCUUGUUAAAGACAUUGCUCAGGCUCAUCCUCACCCAGAGAACGUUAUCGGUAUGCAUUACUUCUCGCCUGUUCCACAGAUGGAGCUUUUGGAAAUUAUUCCAACUGCUGAGACAUCCGAAGAGACUCUCCGAGCUGCUUGCGAAGUUGGCCUCAAGCAAAAGAAGACUAUCAUUGUCGUCAAGGACGUCCCCGGCUUCUAUUGCAAUCGAUGCCUCGCUCCCGCUUUGAAAGAGGUCCUCCGUCUCUUCCAGGAGGGCGUCGACCCAGCCAAGAUCAACGAGCUCUCAACUAAAGCUGGCUUUGCUGUUGGUACCGCCACUCUUAUCGAUGAAGUUGGUGUCGAUAUCGCUCACCACGCCGCUGUCAAUAUUGGCUGCAGCCCUCUCUACGGCUCUAGAAUGGACGGCGGUAACCCAGACCUUCUCCAAAAGCUGAUCAACGAAGGAAACAUGGGACGAAAAACCAAAAAGGGAAUCUUCGACUAUUCCAACAAGAAGGGACCCCGACCUGUCACUCCUCAGUUUACUAAGAUCGCCCAAGAAAUGAGCAUGAGCAACGCUCACGGGUUGAACACUGAUGACGACCUUGUUGAUCGAAUUCUCCUCCGAUACACCAACGAAGCUGCUCUUUGCCUGCAGGAAGAAGUCAUCAUGUCCCCACAAGAGGGCGAUAUUGGUGCCAUCUUUGGAACUGGAUACCCACCAAACAAGGGAGGCCCAUUCAUGUACAUGGAUACUGUUGGCGCUAAGAACCUCAUCAACCGAAUGGAAAGGCUUGCCGAUAAGAUCGGACCUGAAUUCACUCCAUCCCAAAUCCUUUACGACAUGGAGAAAUCUGGUAAAAAGUUCUACUAA